UGGACUCCGGCGGUGUUCUGCUGUGUGUCUGUGCCGGUGUUGUGAAGCGCACUGCGGGCUGAAGACGCUCCGCGACCCGCCGAUGAUGGAGAUACUCCAGAACACACACACACACACACACACACACGUGCGCUGAAGACAAUGACGAGAAAACACACGUUUAACUGAUGCCUCACCUUCCUCUUCGAUUCCUCCUCCUCUUCAUCCUCAUCAUUUGAUCUCGCCGUCAGUCCGAUCUUCACCUGCGCGCCGCGAAGAGGAUUUAUCUCGUGACAAAUGCGGCUGAUGUGGAUUUUUCCUCCUGAUUUCCUCAGAAUUCCUUCAUCUUUUCUUUGGGAGAGCAGAAGGCUGAUGGUUUCUCUCGGUCUCUGCUGAUAUCUGGAUCCAUCAGUUUGGGAGAAUCACGCGGUGAACAUGAGAUCACGGGUUCCUCUUCAGAUCCUGCUGUAUGCCACAGUCAUCAGAAGUCUGAAAGUGGUGUCCAAGCGCGGCUCAGUGGACGGCUGUACGGAUUGGUCUGUGGACUACCUGAAAUACAAAGUUCUGCUCGGGGAGCCUGUGAGGAUUAAAUGUGCUUUAUUUUAUGGAUACAUCCGUGCGAACUACACACACGCUCAGAGUGCUGGACUCAGUCUGAUGUGGUACAAAAGCACCGGCCACGGAGACUUCGAGGAGCCCAUUUCAUUCGAUGGGAGCCGGAUGAGUAAAGAAGAGGACUCCAUCUGGUUCAGACCGACCGAGUUACAGGACGCCGGACAUUACUCGUGCGUGUUAAGGAACUCCACGUACUGCAUGAAAGUGUCCAUGUCCCUCACGGUGGCCGAAAACGACACGGGUCUUUGCUUCAACUCCAAGAUGAGGUACUUUGAAAAGGCCGAGCUGAGCAAGAGCAAAGACAUCCUCUGUCCAGACAUCGAUGACUACAUGCAGACCGGAAAAGAGCCGGAGAUCAGAUGGUACAAGGAGUGCCGGCCGAAGCAGUGGAGGCAGAGCAUCGUGAGGAAGCUGGAUGUGCUCUCCAUCAGAGACGUGCGGGAAGACGACAUCGGGAACUACACCUGCGAAUUACAGUUUGGGAGUUUCGUGGUGAGGAGGACCACCGAGCUGUCCGUCACAGCACCGCUGACUGACAAACCUCCCAAGAUCCUCUACCCGUUUGAAAAUAAGAUGAGCAUCCUGGAGAUGCAGCUGGGCAGCCCCGUGAACCUGACCUGCCGGGCGUUCUUUGGCUACAGCGGAGACGUGAGUCCUCUCAUCUACUGGAUGAAGGGAGAGAAGUUCAUUGAGGAUCUGGACGAAAGCCGAAUCAGAGAAAGCGAAAUUAAAACUAUUCGGGAGCACUUGGGAGAGCAGGAGGUGUCCAUCUCGCUGACCAUAGAUGCUUUGGAGGAGAGUGACCUGGGAAACUACUCAUGUUUUGUGGAGAAUGGCCACGGCAGACGACAAGCCAACAUCCAGCUCAGCAAGAGGGCAGAACUCAUGUAUACGGUGGAGCUGGCUGGAGGUUUGGGAGCCAUUCUGCUGAUGUUGAUAUUUUUGGUGUCCCUGUAUAAGUGUUACAGAAUUGAACUCAUGCUCUUCUACAGAAAUCACUUUGGCAGUGAGGAUGUGGAUGGAGAAAAUAAAGACUACGAUGCAUACGUGUCCUACACUAAAGUGGAUCCAGACCAGUGGAGUCAGGAAACUAGAGAGGAGGAACGUUUUGCUUUGGAGAUUCUGCCAGACGUUCUGGAAAAGCAUUAUGGGUAUAAACUCUUCAUUCCUGACAGGGACUUGAUACCAACUGGAAGUUUCAGCAAUGAUCAUUUCCAGGAUGACACAAGACUCCUUGGAGCAUAUAUAGAGGAUGUGGCUCGCUGCGUUGACCAGAGCAAGCGCCUCAUCAUUGUGAUGACGCCCAACUAUGUGGUGCGCCGUGGCUGGAGCAUCUUCGAACUGGAGACACGGCUGCGCAACAUGCUGGUCAGUGGCGAGAUCAAAGUCAUCCUCAUCGAAUGCGCUGAGCUGCGGGGUAUCAUGAACUACCAGGAGGUGGAGGCUCUCAAACAUACCAUCAAACUGCUGACGGUCAUCAAGUGGCCGGGACCCAAGAGCAGCAAGCUUAAUUCCAAGUUCUGGAAGCAGCUGCAGUAUGAAAUGCCCUUUAAGCGGCCCGAGCCCAAGCUGCACGAGCAGGUGCUGGACGUCAGUGAGCAGGGUCCAUUUGGAGAGCUGCAGACCGUCUCCGCCAUCUCUAUGGCUGCGGCCACCUCCACCGCCAUGGCCACCGCGCAUCCUGAUCUGCGUUCCACCUUCCACAACACGUACCACCAUCAGCUGCGGCAGAAGCACUACUACAGGAAUUACGAGUAUGACAUUCCCUCGUCUGGCACCCUCCCACCGCUGACCUCGAUGGGCAGCCAGCACACCUACUGCAACAUCCCCAUGACUCUGCUUAACGGCCAGCGAGCACAGGGCAAGCCGGGCCGCGAGCAGCAGCCGACGCUGGAGGAGCAGCACGUCAACAACGCCAUGCUUCCACUGCUGCCUCGCGAGACCAGCAUUUCCAGCGUGAUCUGGUGACGCCGCUGGGAAGGGACAUUUCUGCAAUUGGCACUUAUUAAGACCCUUACAAACUGCUGCUGUUGACUUUGCACUGCGAUUCACAUGCAGGGGGCGGAAACUGAAGGGACACGACAAAGACAAGCUAACAGGGACAAUGAUACCACACGUACAUCACGGAGAUGUCUAUUUGACAUCUGAACGUACAUCUGGAAGAUCUAAAUGCGUUUGACUUUUACUAUUAGAUGUCACAAACAAUAUUUAUAAGCAUCUAAUAGACGUCUGUGAUUUAGAAUGUGCGUAAAGACAUCUUACAGACGUCUGUCAGAUGCUUUCCAGAUCAAACUAUAUUUAGCAGACAUCUUGCAGAUGUACAUGUGCUAUCUUAGGUUCCCCUGAUGGCAAGUGUACAUCACAGAGAUGUCUAUUUGACAUCUGCAUUUACAUCUGGAAGACAUAUAUUUAGUGUGUUUGUUCAUCUGCAAUACGUCUAUAUGACGUUUCCUAUUAGAUGUCCAAUAAACACUAAAAAGACAUCCUAAUAAACAUCUUGGAUUUAGAACGUGUGUACAACUGAUAUCUUACAGAUGUGUGUCAGAUGUUUGUAUACAGCAGAUGCUUUUCAGAUCAAGUGAUCUUUAUCAGACAUCUUGCGGAUGUAUGUGUGUUAUCUGGGGAGGUUCGUUCUCUCACAGACAGCUCCUUCAUACUCUCUCAAGGAAUACAGGGUCUUGUACAUAUGUUUGCGGUUUCUUUGUAGCAUUGGAUUUUUGGUUCUUUCGUUUUCGUUUUCAAAUGUCUGGUUUGUACUUUUCCCCUUAUAAAAUAACUGAGCAGAGACACGUGGGGCAGAGUAAAGGCUGACCUGUUGUGUUUUUCUCUUAACUUGUAGUUUUCAAGUACAAUACUUGUUUUUAUAGAAUUUGUGGAAUUAUGCUGGGUUUUUUUUUUUAGAUUUUUUUUAUUAUUGGUCAGUUGGUGAGAUGUCUCUACUUUGAUGAAAAACACCAUUAUGCAAAUGCUCCUGAGGCCUGAAAGCUUGUCUUCUUCCCAAAUGAAUGAGUGAGCAGAUGAUGUUUAAGAGGAAAAACUAGAUGUCAUUACGAUGCUCUAGUGUCUCUGCUGCUCUGUUUCUCUCGCUAAGCUAAUGAGACUUUGUUAGAAAAGAAAUAAAACACAGCUUUGCUGUUCAGCUUGAUGGGGAGAACUUAAAAACUGUAUUAUUAUUUAAAAAAAAAAAUCUAUAUUUUUAUAACAAAAGGAUUUGCUUGGAAAGACACACAGUAGGUCCCAUUUAAUUUAUUUCAUUAAUAGAAGCACCGGAGCUCACCAAUUUCUGAGAAGAAAAAAAACUAAUUUUUGAUAAUGGUCUUAUCAAAUCAUGGAUGAGCAAGCGAAAACUACUUGCUGUUUUUAUUUUCCCCACAAUACCGACAUUCAUCUCUGAGUGUGCAUAACAAUUAGAAUUAAUUAUGCAUUUAAUUUAUUAUAUAAUUAUCGAUAUUUCAUAUCAGAAAAAGUGCUUACAAUACAAAUCAGUGUCUCUAAAUAAUUCCAUGAUUCGUUCUCUUCACUGCACAUUAAAACCUGUUAUCCUCCACUGUAGUGCCUCCUCCUGCUCCACCACAGACGUCAUCCCGAGGUUAAGAGUGGUACUGCGUCUCUCAGCGUUUCUUAGGUACUGCCAUGACACCGCUGCUCUCCAACUCAUACGUGUUUCUCGUUCUACUGUAGUGAUCGUAGACGGGAAGGAGCAGACCUGGGCCAGUUUUUACCUCAUUUUAUACUAAAGGCCAGUCCUGUGUCAUCACUGGGGGCAGCUUACAUACACCUCUACUCUCAUCCCUUAAACGAAGAGCAGUAGAGGGUCAAGUGAAUGUCCGGUGUAUUUACAGGAGGAUUAGUUAUGCAGCCCUCUUAAGCUGGACAGUCCAGGUGUUUGUUCAUGAAGCUACCCCAUCACGCAAGUUUAGAGUUAGUUGCCAUGUCUUUUAUUAACCGUCAGUGUAAUAAAGGCUUUACAGCUCUGUUAGCAUGUAAGUGAAUUGAAACCAAAGCUGGCAAUUAGCGAUGGGAACAUGUAUAUUGCCUUCUCAGAUGUGCUGGUGGAUAUCUGGGGAAACUAAACCAGGAAAUAGUGUAGCUGAAAGGGUUUAUGAGGUGGUAAAAACAUUGUUGUACCAAUCCAUACAUCCCCAGUCCUGUUCACAGUGUUUAUUUAAUCAGCCGUGCCAAAAGAGUCCUUUUUUUAAUAUCAAAAACAGAUUAUAUGCAAAAAUCUGUAACUCUUAAAAGUGGAGAGAAAAACAACAAACCCCAGAUUUCCAGUUUGUAAAUGUCACAUCGGAUUGAAAUAAUCUGUUGGUGCUGAACUUCUGACCUGAGAGGACACCAAUCUGAUUAUUUGAAUGUUGUUAUUUUAUUGAUCAUAUUUUUACAAGUCUUCUUUUCUUGUAUUUUAUAUCAUAUUGUGUAAAUAAAUUGAAAUGGUAAUAAAAUGAAGACAAUCUAGUGACAUUCAUGAAAAAAGAGAGUGGCAAAUUGUUUCAUGAGCAUUUCUGAUAUUACUGAUCAAAGUAAGAAUAACAACAACAAUAAUAAUAAUAUUAUAUAGCACAGAAUUUGUCUCUGGCACUUUCACCAAUCUUACACUAAAGAUUAAGGUUCUGUUUGUCUCCUGUUUUGAAAUUUUCUUUUUUUUUAAUUCUGUAUCUGCAAUGUUAUUUGAAGAGAAACUAUCAUUAAUAAAAUACACAUUUAAUAAUA